ACGAAUUCGCACAUCUUUUCAAUAUUUCGAAUUAACACACGAAGAGCCCCGUGUUUGAAACACAAUGUAAACGGGGUGUUGCGUCUCGUCAAUUCCUCCACGCAUGCGUAGCCUAUUUCUUUCAAUUCGUGUGUAGUGAAGUUCAGUAGCCUACCCACGCCCAUUCAGCAAGGCGACUUGACAGAUUAACCGAAGAAUAAAACAAGCAUUUAGGGAAGUCACAGAGAUGAAAAUUGGGUUGCGGUGAAAAAAUGUCUGAGAAGGAAGACGAGAAAGGCAAAAGGGGUGCCCACCACACAGAGCUCUACUUUGAGGUCCCACCAACAUGCCUGCCCAUCGUUUAUUCUCCUGAAUAUAACAUCACCUUCAUGGGCCUGGAGAAGCUACAUCCCUUUGAUGCGGGCAAAUGGGGAAAAGUCAUCCACUUCCUGAAAGAGGAGCAGUUUAUCUCAGACGACAAUAUAGUGCAAGCCAGGGAGGCCACGGAGGAGGACCUACUGGUGGUUCACACCAGGCGCUACCUGAGCAAACUGAAGAACCAUGUCUUGGAGGGCUCAAGAGAGUGGUCGUUGGUGGUAGCUACAAUUACAGAGAUUCCACCUGUCUUGUUUCUGCCCAACUUCCUGGUCCAACGCAAAGUGCUUCGACCUCUGCGCACGCAAACGGGGGGCACCAUCAUGGCAGGAAAGCUCGCCAUGGACAGAGGAUGGGCUAUCAAUGUUGGAGGGGGGUUCCACCACUGCUCCAGUGACAAGGGAGGAGGUUUCUGUGCUUAUGCAGAUAUAACAUUAGCGAUCAAGUUCCUGUUUGAGAGAGUGGAAGGGGUUUGCCGGGCCACCAUUAUCGAUCUGGAUGCCCAUCAGGGAAAUGGACAUGAGCGGGACUUCUUGGACGACAGACGCGUGUACAUAAUGGACGUCUACAAUCGCUACAUCUACCCGGGAGAUGGAUAUGCCAAACGAGCGAUAAAGCGCAAGGUGGAGUUGGAUUGGGGCACAGAGGACAUGGAGUAUCUCCAGAAGGUGGAGUUGCACGUGGAAGGGGCACUCAAUGAGGUCCGACCUGAUAUCAUCAUCUACAACGCUGGCACGGACAUCCUGGAUGGGGACCCUCUGGGAGGCCUGGCUAUUUCACCGCAGGGCAUCGUGAAGAGAGAUGAAAUCGUCUUUCGGGCAGCCCGGCGUCGCAGCAUCCCCAUCCUCAUGGUGACGUCGGGAGGCUACCAGAAGAAGACCGCCCGCAUCAUCGCCGACUCCAUCCUCAACUUGAACCGCGAGGGCCUGAUUGAGGGCGUGGCGGCUGAGGAGGCGGGCCCAUCUUUCAUGCCACUCAUGAUGAGCAAGUCGUUGUCAUCCGGGGCAACCUUUAAUGCAAUCUGAGGCUUUGGUCAGCAGUGGCUAUGUGGAGUCAUGCUUCAGAUAAGGACCUCGUAGGCUAAAUUUGUCCUAAGGAUGCACUUCGGUUGGCCCUCUGUGGUGGUUAGUAACGUGGAAACAGCCCAAGGGAUGCCAUUUGUUUCAUAAUUCAAAUCAUGUGAAUGAAAUGAAAAUGAGAAAUGAGCAUCACAAAAAGCGCUCUUAACAGCAAUGUGUUUUCGUGAUGUUGGGCUUAUCAACUAUCAAAGACUCUCUGAGACUAGUCUCGAUCCAUGAAGGAUGUCUCUUGUUCCUUUAGCAUUCAGGGAGUUUACAGAGAACUGACUGAAUCUCUUCACUUUCCAAUUUUUUUGAGACAGGUGGUGCAUCUUCAGCCUCUAAGUGGCCAGUCUUAACUCUGUCCAGGGCAUGUUUUCUAACUGCAUUUUUACUUACAGUAACAGCACACUCCAGCUGUGGGCUGUUCUCACAGUGACCUACUUCACAGUAACAGAUAACGUACUCAGCACUAUUAGCGUAGGACUAACUAACAGCUUGUCAGGGACUAUGAGCUCAUUCCAGUAGAGUGGACGUG